AUGAACAACACUCUCGCAUGUGAUGCUUCCUCACCAAUGUUUCCAACCCUACACCAUGAGUGCACUCGCGUACCCGUGACGGCACUGGCUUCUUGCGGCGCUCUGCUCAUCGUCGCCGAAGGCCCCUUUCUACGUUUCCACCAUGCCAAGGACUCGCGGUACAUAUCCUCAAAACGCGUCUUCAAAGCCCAAGCCGUUCAUGGAAUACGUGUGUUUUCAGAAGAAAAUGCCCAUAUCAUUAAGCUAGUCAUCUGGGGUGGAAGACUUGUCCGCGCUCUUGAAAUCCAUCUCGCAGGCCAAAUUGGCGUACAAGGCUUGAGCUUGUGCUUUUCUAAUAUCGCAAAAGCUUCAGACUGGAUUCUCGAUCUUGCUCCUAGACCAAAAAGCUUGGAUGACGAUUCCCAAUAUCACAAAGCAGCCUGCAUUGCUGUCACUGCUCACAACGCACUAGUGCAGGUUGAAAUUGAACAAAGGAAGUCAGACACAACCCAGAAUACCAAUGGUCUUGAUGUCUCUGUGUUCGACCUUACCUCUAGUUCCCGAUCCAUCCUUUACUCGGCCCACCUUUUCUGGGAAGAUCUGGACCGCGUCCUCGUGGCCGCUGGCACAGCAUUUGGCGAGAUAAUAUACUGGUCAUGGUGCGAUAGUAUCCGCGAUGCUCCGGCUUCACGCAUACACCGCGUCUUUCUGGGUCAUGAGGGCUCGAUCUUUGGUGUUCAAAUCUCAAAAGAGCUGCCUACUGAAUGCUGCCAAAAACUGAGGCGGGUAGUAGCAAGUUGCAGCGACGACCGCACCAUCCGGAUAUGGGAUGUUUCAGAUGUGAUUACGAGUGCGACUACUUCGGAGGCUGAUGACAAUGACCUGGAAGUUCUAAGGACGCGUCAUACCGGCUUCACUAACGAGGCUUUCGACUCAGACGAGUUCAAUAGUUCAAGCUGUCUCGCGAUUGGAUGGGGACAUCUUUCGCGCGUUUGGUCAGUUCGGUUUCUCGAAGCAUCCCCAUGCAAUGGGUCAUUGCUGCUCCAAUCUGCCGGUGAAGAUGCCACCGCACGAACGUGGGAACUCACGCCCAACCCUGGAAACAGCGCAAACUUUCCCUAUAAGUUAUUGGAACUUGAUUGCGCAGCGCAUCAUAGCGGAAAGAAUCUGUGGUCUUCAGUUGUCUCUGAUGUCUCGACUGGAGUCCAGCAGGUUAUUGCAGGUGGUUCUGACAGUAAAGUCACAGCUACCCCGCUCACUCGCGUCUUGCAAGCGGAGAAGAACCUGCGCGGUACGAUCGCUGAGUAUACUGUAAAUGACAUACUGUCAUGGGCGCAAGCGGCCGAAACAGGUCUUGACAAAACUGGACUGGUGCAACCCCCAAAAUCUUCAAAGAAAGCAGAGUUCUUUAGAAGCUACUGCUUUGUGGACGAGACCUCGUUCUUGCUUACGACAAAUUCUGGGAACGUACUAAUCGGUACAUUAUCAUCCACCAAGGUUCAUAACCAAUCAAGUCUCCUUUCAGAUUCGACUCUACUUGAUCGACUAGAAGACCUUUCUGGUUACUCCGUUUGUACGAGUGGGUCUCGUCCUGGUUUCGCUUACGUUGCUGGUGGCAGCGGCAAUAUCUAUGUUUAUAGCAAGAUUUCGGCUACCUUCACAAGCCUCUAUGCUGUUGGUAGUAAGGUCGGAGACAUAUUCGCUGCCGAGCUGGCAGAUUCUGAUGGCCCAGGUUCGACGGUUCUUCUUGUAACUCUCGUUGGUCAAGGUGAAGCGCGACUAUUAUAUGUGGAUCCUAAUUGCAGCACAAAUAUUCAGAGAGUCGUACCGAUACCCGUAGCGGACUCCUCAACCGGUUCUGUCAUCACCAGCAUGACAUAUGCGAGAGCAUCCGGUAGGGAUUUUGUUAUGGUCGGGUUCCGACGGGGAUCGAUUGCGCUGUUUAACGUCCACAACGAUGAGGAGGGUAAGCAUGAAGCUACUUUGCUAAGAGUCAUCGACAAAGCACAUGGAGGAGAAGCAGUUACCUCGCUCACAUGGCAACCCUCAUCUGAAGCUACUGGGCUUGGCCAUCUGUUCUCAGUAGGAAGGGAUGGACGUCUUUGCGUGCACCAACUUGAUUCAUCUGCGAAUAUAGUCGAAUUGGUACAUGACCUUGCGCUCCCGUUCGGGCCCAACAUCGAAGGAUUAUACGUCCAGGAUGGUCGACUCUUCAUACACGGUUUCUCAAGCAAGAAAUGGUACCUCUACGAUGUCACUAACGAAGAGGAGGUCAUGAGCAUCGACACCGGAGGAGCACAUAGGAGUUGGACCUUCCGGUCGCAUUCGUCUGUAGGAGGCACUCUCGUGUGGACACGAGCUUCUAGUAUGCACAUCUGCAGUCAGAACGGAGCAAAUCAUGCUGUUAUUCGAUCAGGGGGUCACGGGCGUGAGAUCAAGGCGGUAGCGGUUUCGCCACAAGGUGGAAGCCGAUCUCGUCAACUUAUCGCUACUGGUGCCGAGGACACCGAUAUUAAGAUCUUCCAGUAUGCUGAAAAAGAUUUCGCUUGCCGAAGGACUAUUCGCAAACACACCACAGGCAUUCAGCAUCUGCAAUGGUCGCAUGAUGGCGAGUAUUUGUUCAGCAGUGGUGGCUGUGAAGAAUGUAAGGCCUCUGCCUAG